GCGCCGCCCGGCCGCCUCUUCCGCCACGCCGCCAAGCGACAGGUGGCGCCGAGUCUGCCUCGCCGCCGACGCCCGCACCCGCCGCGUGCGGCCCGCCUGCGCGCUCGCUCUCCCGCUCCGACUGGCUCUACACCGCUGAUUCAAUUUAUAAGGCCCGCUUUUAACCCUGAAACUUUAACAUAACGUUUGUUAAUUACAUACCUGUGCAGUGCUAAGCCUUUUCCUUACCGAGGAAUGGUUAACACCAGUUGAUUGAAGUGUUUUGGUGUCGCUUAGAUUUGUUAUCAUGACUUGGAUUCGUCUGGGAUUUUAAAAAUUACCGUUUUAAGUCGAGGUGCCGUUGUGGAGGUGGUGGUGGCAUGCGGCGGCGAUGACGCGGCCCGGCCCGCACGGCAUGCGCGUGCGCUGCUGACAUGGCCUUCAGCCGCGCCGCCCUCCUCUCGCUUACACUCCUCGCAGCACUCGCCGGGUGUAGUGUGUGUGCGCCGCAGGGCAGCGUGCAAGGCGGCGUACAGGGCGGCGCGCAGGUCCCGCCGGGCGUGCCGCACUCCACAGCGCCGCCCGCCGGCGUCGGCGGCAUCCGCAGAUUCAGUCAGUAUUCCAGAGGGCGAGGUUACCGCGACUGGCGUACGCGCGGCGACCCCACGCUCAUCAAUUCACUCUGGCGCAGCCGACAGCCUCUCGGUAUCCGAAAGCAACUCGGGAACGCCGAGGUGUACAUAGUACUAGCGCUACUGAUAGGAUUUGUGACGGUAGUGGUGGGGUGCUGGCUCUCAGACAACUGCUGGUCGCCGGAACCGGAGGACAUCCUGGCGGGCGGCUGACCCGUGGCGGCGGGCGCGUGCACGCACGUGUAGCGCCCGCCGUCCGCGGCGGCGGACCGCGACAGCGGCGGCUCGCUGUCACCGGUACUGCCGCCGCCGGCGCCGCCACCAGCGCGAGCGCCAGCUUUUUUGCACGCCGCUCGCCACCUCUGCCGCGGUACCUGCCUCCCGCUACCGUGCGACACACGUCAUCGACCUCAAAUUUUUUGACCGGAACCUCCACGCCACUCCUGCCUGCUGCAUGAAAAGACUAACGGAAAUCAUAUUCCAGCUAUUGCCAAUGGCGGAGUGUGCGAUAACGGUAGCGAGUAACAUUUGAACAUCGAACCAACUACUUAUCAUUAUUAUAAACUUGUGGGCAAAAGAUGCAGAUGAAAUGUGGCCUCGGUCCUCUGUGAAACGGUGACAAGGUGGGAGAAAAUGUUUUGGUGGACUGUAAGAGCUUCGAUUAAGAUUUUUGUGUAUUAAAUGUGUCUGUUAAAAGUAUAUAAUCGUAAUGGUACAAGAUGACGUACGGUAGCGAAGCGCUCGAGAUUAGACUCCUAGUUCACUGUGUUAUUAUUGAUCCUUCAUGGUAGGCUCCGCUUCUAGUGGUCGCUGUAUUGAACUCAUCCGACGUAGGUGUGACCUGUGCUGUGACCCGGUUGCGGUCUCUCUCGUACCACUUUACUAAUUGUUUCUAAAAGUAUGUGCCUUGGAACGCUUUCCUUGACUUGACUUUGUAGUUUAGAGCGUGUUUUGAAACAUUUAGAAGAAUUUCUUCUCUCUGUCUGUACGGACAAAUAACCCCUUAAGUGCAAUACACAUCAUGACCGUGCCUUUACCGUUCUAUAGACUUUGAGAGGGACGUAAUUACCAAUAGGUUUUAAAAUACGCUUUCCUCGGCGGGGAAUCAACAACCAACGAUUGAUUUUGUAUUUUUGUAACCAUUCCGGCUUCGUUUCUUCCGCUUGUAUUAAUUAGAUGCAAUUUUCUCGUAGUAACUAGGGGAAAGUGGUUAGGACCAAAAGCCUCUCACUAAAUGAGCGUCAAUUGGAUUAAUUACAAUUUACCAUCACAAUAGGGUAAGAUUCAACAUUGAGGACAACGACAUGGAUACAUGAAUUAAUGUAGAGUUUCGAUACAUUUUUUGGCGUUUUACACGAUUAAAUAUGUGUUUGAGUAUGUACUACAUCCGACUGAUGUUAUCAAAAUAAUUGUUAUAUUGCGUACCAAUAUGUAAGCUUCUUAACAUUUCUAAGCAAAAACUCCAUCCAAAUUUAAAGGAAAUUAAA